GCAUAUCAUCUUCUCCUCAAGUCAAAGAUGGUACCAGAAGAAUACGAACAAUGCUGCUACGACGACGAUGACCAUACAUGGAGUAUAUGAAGAUGGAGGCAUCGCAGGAAAAGGCACAGGCGCGCCAGGAGAGCGGGCUCGGUGUCUAAUGAAAGCUAGCGUCCGUCUGGCUUGGGCUGGAGUGAGCCUUGUAAAUGUUGGCAGGCCGAUUGGUCGUGUGGACCGAGUGGUCGUGUGGUUAUAAGUAACACCCAAACCCUGGCUGUAAGGGGUCAUGAACAAUUUAGCUAUCAGAUAUCAAAUCAAAUCGUCUUCCUCGCUGCUAUCUCCUUCUUCAACCCUUCUUCUAGCUGAACAUCUCUCUUCUUUCCGAUAUUCCCUUCUAGUUGCUAACAUCUGGUAUCAGACUCGGUUCCAUUCUAGACACUCCUUCCCUAUUUCCUGGUUAGUCUCGACAACUGCGAUGGAAGUCGAGGUGGCACGGGUUCUCGAGGCGAUGGUACACAUGGAGCUCCGCUUGACCGCGGCACUGGCUGGCAGUGGUGGCGAGCAGGACCCCGAAUCCUUCUCCUACGCCACCGCUUCCUCCGCCAUCGCGCCACGGUACGACGACAGCGUGUUCGGCUCUUCGGCAGUCCCUGCAUACGACGACGUUCCCGUCGACGACGAGCUGUACCGUGAUGAGAUCGCCAAGGUGCUCGCGCUACUGGAGUACAACGGGAUGACUUCGUCGGCCACAAUCCUCGCCGAUUAUACCACCGCUACCACCUCAGCUGUGCUGGUUGGCUGUGAUGGCGAGCAGGCCGCUCGCGGAUGCACUACCUUCUUCGACGACGACUACAUCGAUGAGCUCGAUGUGUGGGACAAGGACGCCAUGUGCACCGACGCAGAUGGCUCCAGCGAACAACCCGCACCCCAGUGUGCCAGGAAGGAGAUCCGGCUUCCCCAAGAGGUGUGCUUCGCACCCGACAACUCCUUCUCUGGGACCGGCAGCUGCCUGUGCUGGGUGGAUCUGGUUCAAGGCAUCAUCGUCUGCAUCAACCCUUGGGGGGCGGAUGAUCCUAUGCUCUGCUCCAUUCCCCUGCCCGUCGGGUGCCCCGUGGUCAGUGUGUCUGACUACCGCCACCGCCCGCGCGCGUGGGAGAUCAGCUCUGCUGCCUGUGUCAGAGUGGCCAUGGCUUCCCUAAGAACGGACAAGCCCAGCUGGCAACUGCCCUCCACCAAGUACGACUUCUCUACGAUGCUCACUGACGUGGCCCGCAUCGGCGUCAUGGUGACAGUUGCGAGCAAGCCUGCAUCUACCUCAUUGGAUGCUCACGUGGUGUUCGAUGAAAAGGAGCAAAGCUGGAACUUCAUUUUCGCGGAGUACGCUGCAGCAGCUGGACAUCAUCAUCUCUCAAUUGUAUGGCAAAUAGCGGAGGAUUACUCCCAUUGCGAAUUUCUGCUCCAACUCCCCAUAUACUGCCCCAUGCCUGCUUUCCGUGCUGUCACACAAGUUCAGCAGGAUGCUGUUGGACAAGGACAGUCGGUGCCUGGGGACAAAGUUCUCAACACCCUGUCCAUCAGGUGUUUGACGAAUUGCUUUAGCAUCAUACAGUGUCGUUUCUUGCACUCGUGCAAUUGCAGAACGGAUGCAGUGCAGCAUAGGCAAUCAUGGCCACCGCCUGUACAGUAUGGGAUACUGGGUGAUGGUGUUCAAGUCUGGCUUCCGCCUUGGCCACCACCUGUUUGGGAAUUCUGGCUGUCACUGAAGAUUACUGGUCCACAGAUGAUGCAUUCGGUAGGAUACUUUGGAUUGCCAGUUAUGCCGGCGACAUGUAUUACAAUUUCAGAGAUUGUGUCUGGUUCAAGCGAGCAAAUAUUUCCUGAAAUAUUUCUGCAAAGCUUACAUGAGUGCAGAGUUUGUCUUAGUGAAAAUACUGGCAGAAGUUUACUCCAGCUCCCAUGCCACCAUUUGUUUUGCUUGAUGUGUAUGAAGUCUAAUUGCAGAAUUCAUGUAAUAGAAGGGAAUUUAACCCAGGUCUGGUUAAGAGAAGAUGCAGUUGCUUACUUCAAAAAUAUGUUUGAUGGUGGCCUGAGGCCAACCUCAAAUGCAUUUAACAAAGUUAUAGAUCGCUGGGUGAAGGUUGAUAUGCUCAACGAGGCCCAUGGGUUCUUUGAUAUGAUGCUUGAAAAGGACAUAGAUGAUGUUACGGUGGUCAUUUUCUACUUUGGAGGACAACAUGUGGGCUGGGAAAUGAAGACAAAAUGGUUGUCUAAUGGUUGGCUAUGUUUGGUAUGUGGUGCAUCUGAUACUCAAGAGCUUCCUCUACAUUUCAUUAAACUUGCAAAGGAUACGUACACAUUUGACUGCAUGUUCGAAAAAAUCGGAUAUGGCACUGUGAGGCUUUGGUUUACAUGCUGUCCUUACUAUUUGUUCGAAGAGAUUAUUGCAACGAGGAACCAUUUUUUUAGGAAUGUGCUUGAGCAUUAUCAAUGUGGCAUUGAGAUGAUACGGAGGGAUUUAUUUACUGGCCAUUGGAAACAUUAUCUUCAAGGUGCUAUACCACUUCAACCCUGCUUUGAUGGUCUCAUAAAUGUUGGCAAGGUAGCCGCACGUACCCUCCAAGAUACUGUUGUAGGGAAUUCUUGCAUUGUGUCUAGACAGCCUCCAUGGCCACCCCCAACGUGUCACCAUUUCAGAACUAUGCAUGCUGAAACUGUGGCAAAUUGGAACCACUUAUUCAGUUGGUGUUUUGCAAAUUCAGAUUUGGGUGAAUUACUGACUCUCAACUGCCCUGCUGACAGAGCAAUGGUGCUGCUGAUGUACCAAAUUGAGUUGAGACUGCUCAAUUGGGCCUGGGCAGACGAGUGUGUCUUCAACCUGUGUCUACUUCGAUUACACAGUGUUGUUCAUAGCAGCCUAGCCAAUGCUUAUAAAUCCUGGUUGAUAACAGUGAUUCACCGAACACACUCAAUUGGCCAAGAUCAUUUUUGGCAUAACGUGGAUAGGGGUGUGGUGUGUGGAAUUAAGGAUAGAUGCUGUGCAAGAUUGGCAAAGCUAGUUUUAUCUGCUACACUGACACAAGAUUCUGGCAAGCUUUCUCAACUUGAAUUGCACCAUCCAUUGUUGUUGAAUACUCAGUCAAGCGGCUUGAGGACAAGCCGCAUUUCAAGCGGUGGGGAAUAUCAGCAUAUCAUCUUCUCCUCAAGUCAAAGAUGGUACCAGAAGAAUACGAACAAUGCUGCUACGACGACGAUGACCAUACAUGGAGUAUAUGAAGAUGGAGGCAUCGCAGGAAAAGGCACAGGCGCGCCAGGAGAGCGGGCUCGGUGUCUAAUGAAAGCUAGCGUCCGUCUGGCUUGGGCUGGAGUGAGCCUUGUAAAUGUUGGCAGGCCGAUUGGUCGUGUGGACCGAGUGGUCGUGUGGUUAUAAGUAACACCCAAACCCUGGCUGUAAGGGGUCAUGAACAAUUUAGCUAUCAGAUAUCAAAUCAAAUCGUCUUCCUCGCUGCUAUCUCCUUCUUCAACCCUUCUUCUACCUGAACAUCUCUCUUCUUUCCGAUAUUCCCUUCUAGUUGCUAACACAAGACGACUUGCUUAUUUCUUAUUUGCUCAUCGAUCAAUUUCAGUUCAGUUGUGCGUAUGUAUGUACUUCAUGCUGUCAUGUCACGCUUGCAGCUCUCGCCGCCGAUCUGGAGGUGGUUCACCACGGAGGGCGAGGAGCAGGAGGCAGCGUACGAAGCGGCCGUAGAGCAGCUGCUGGUCCUGGAGAAGGAGCUCGCCGUCUCCUGGAAGCCAUUCUUCGGCGGGGACAAGGUCGGGUUCGUGGACCUAUCGCUCGGCCCGCUGGCGUACGUGCUUCCGAUCGAUGUACGAGGAGGUGAUCGGCGGCGGCGUGAGCGUGACGACGAAUAAUAAGAUGGUCGCGGAGGAGAAGAUGCCGUGCCUCGCUGCGUGGAUGGGGAGGUUCCUCAGCUCGCCGGCCGUCAGGGCCCAUCUGCCGCCGCUCGAGAAGCUGCGGCCCAGGUACCAGGCCAUGCGCGAGUCGCUUCUCGUCUCAGCGAGAGCACAAGUGGUCGAGAAGGAGCGCGGCAGCAGUAGCUAGCUACUUGCUACUAUCUCAUUAUCUGUCAGGCUGUCAGCUCCAUUCGAUAAUUUAAUAAGAAAAAAAACUGCCCAUGUUGAUGUAUCAAGUCGAUACAAAUGCACUGGCUUUUCCCCA